AUGCUUUGUCUUCAUGAGGAUAUGUUCAAUUUUGUUGGUCGUAUCCUGGGCCCGGAUGGAUCAACCGCGAAAUGUCUUCAACAAUGUCUGGGUGUUAAGAUAAUGGUUCGUGGACGUGGUUCAAUGCGCGAUCGAAAGAAAGUCAAUGAGGAACCCGAUUACACGGGUUGCAAUAAUUUUUCCUGUUGGGGACAACGUGCCGGUCGUGUAUUUACUCCCUAUCGACGCACGUAUAUUUUGCUCAAUUUGCGUACCUGUAUUUUGGCUUUACUUCCUCCCAGACUUAAUUUCUCUUCUCCAUUGGUCCGCCAAGAGGAGGCAAAUAUCGGCAAACCGAAUUGGGAACACUUGAACGACAAACUGCACGUCGUACUGUCUGUGGAGGACUAUGAAAAUCGUGCUCAGGCCCGGUUGGAUAAGGCCAGUGAAUAUGUUUCACUGUUUCUCAAGGAAUCGCUGAAAGCCGUAUUGUGA